GAACGGCCCAUGCCAGAAGCCCUCGGAAGCACUCACACAACUCCCUCUCAACGAGUCCUACAGGUGCAUCCCUCUUGAGCUGGACAGCCUGGUGGUGUGCGCUGACUUGUGUAAAUUACAAAAGGGCGUGACUACCGUAGGUGAAGGCCGAGGUGAGGUGAAGACAUUCACAGCAGAUUCAAGAUUCAGGUUUAACGAGGUUCGUAGGAUGAGUUGAAGUUUCUGGUGUUUGUUAACAAAGAGCCCGCCGACGACAGGUCCAAAGAGAGACUCUAGAGGCGGUGAGCUGUCUUGCGUCUGAGCUGUUCCCGAUCGCUCAGCUAUGGCUGAACGGAGGCGGUGGCGUGGAGCAAGCCGUGAGGAUGGGGGAAAUGAGCUGGUCUGUCCAAGGGCUGCAAAGAUGCCUGCAGAACCUCAUGCGGAUCUAAUGUCAAAGGCAAGGAGAAGGCGCAAUCUGGUUCGUGGUGAAGAGGUUGGACGGGAGUUGGUAGACAUUCUUCUAGCAAAGAAGGUCUUUGGGGAGCCCUCUUGUCCGGCAUCGCCUCCAUUUUUGGCCUGUUCCCCUCCGAGCCGGGCUGGUAAUCCUGUAAUUAAAGAUGCUCGGUUCUCGUUCCAUUCCAUUGGGCCGUCUGGCCUGGGAGCUUCUUGCCAGGCCUUUCGCCCCUGUGCUGCGGCGGUCCGAGUAGAGGGUUUCGCUGAGAAGACGCUCUUCUCACCUCCGAAGAUGAGUUCAGCAGUUCCUGCGCGCAUUGGUUAGGACAGCCUGUAAUUAUGUGUUGGUGCCACAGUUGCUAUUGAGGUUAGGCUCUCGUGCUCCCUAGUGCGGCGCUUCAAGCAUCCUGCCUUUUUGUAGACGCCCGAGAGGUUAGCAUAGAUGAGCAUAUUAUUGUUCUGGUGUAUGAUAUAGCUUUUGUUCCAGAAGAGGUAAAUAGUCUUAGGAUGAACCUACAACAAGGCAGUCAAUGCCAACGAGCUGUAAAGUUAGAUUUGGGUCGAGAACAUUCUUAGCGAAUGGUAAUUGAGAAGCCAGAUUCGCAUGGGGGUUUUGAGGUGCCCAGCAUUUUGACUGUAUUGCAUUGUUGUAAGUAGAUCAGUACGUAAGGAAGAAGACUUCCGAAACUACCUAUUGGGCUCGUAUAAUCCUGUACAUGACCAUAAAAGAAAGGCUUGUGCUCUAAGCCUUAACAACUAUUGUGUACCUCUUUUCUUCUCUUAC